AUGUUAAGCUUAGAUCAAUAAGAAUUAAUUAUACAGAGAAUAAAAUCAAAAAAGCCAAUAUUCAAGACUAUAUGUGAAAUAGAACAAUUUCCCAAGUUGAUUAAGAGUAGAGAAGCAAUUCAAAAAUCAAUUUUAUCAUAAAUUCAAAGAUCAGUUUCAAAUACAGAUAUGGAUCCCUUGGCAUAUGGAUAAAAAGAAUUAAAAGAUGUGAUGACCUAUUUGGAAGAACAAUUAAAAACUGUUUUCUUACCCUCUCUAAGUUUAGAUGAGAGAAAAAAAUCAAAAUUUUUGAUGAAAUAAGAAUCCAAACAACUUGAUUAUGAGGAAAGCAACCAUCCAAAAAAAUAAAGAGUAGAUAAAAACAAGUGUAGGAAAUGCAAACAAUCAACUAUACCUAUGAUAUUAAACUUAUUAUAACAAACAGAAAACUAGGACACAAAUCCUCAUGUUACUAUGAAAUCUAUUAGAUAAUAAAUCGUGUAAAAAUCAUAGAAAAAAGAAGAAUAGUCAGAAUCUAAAGUACCAUACAUCGCAUUUGACUACUCUGAUCGCAUUAUUAUUUGUAAGAGAUGCAGAUUCAAAUUUCAUGCUGAAUGCGUCUAAGUGCUUGAUAACAUCAAUGAUUGGAUUUGCGAUUAUUGUUUGGACAGAAUAUAGGAACUCAAAAAUUCUAAUUAAUGGGAUUAUAUCAAUAAUAAAUAGUUGAAAUAGCAAAUAUGUCCAACUUCCGAAUAAAAGAAGAUCAAUUUGUCACUAAUAGAAAGAAUUUAGAAAAAAUAGAAAAUCUUUAUUAUUGAAGAAAUGGAAAUCACGCCAUUCAAACCUAUUGAUUAAAUAUCAGACUUCUUAAGGAAAUAUCCACUCUAUAGAGGAUAGAAUGGAAAAAUAAAAUAUCCUGUUUUAGAAAAGUUGGCUCUAGAUUACCCAGAAGUCUUGGAAAUUAAAUAGAAACCAUAACCAUAUAUGAUAAAUUCAAAUUUAGUUGAGGAAAUCCUUAAAAUCUAAACAAGCUAUUAAAUAUUAUUCCCCUAAUGCUAAACUCCUCAAAAUGUUAAUCAAGAUUAUAUUGAGAAAAAUUUCUAUGAAAUUCUUAUGAAUUUGCUUACUGAAUACUUUAAUGAAUUUAUGCAAUCAGACGUAGUCAAAUUUGAUAAGUAUUGCACUUAGGCAAAUGUUUAAGCAAAUGCUUUUUUAGAAAUAAUGAAUUAUUUGUAUGAUCAUUAAGAAGCUUUAAUGAAAGAUCUAAUCAAAAAAACAUGGGUGGAAUGUGUAAUUUAAAUUGAUCAAAUAAUAAACUAUGACUGUGAAUCAAAUAUUAAUAAAAUCGACUUUAGCAAUUUAGAAUUUUCAGAUUAAAUCUACAUUUUAAGUCUAUUAACUGAUGGUUUAUACGAUUUAGACAAAAUGAAGGAACAAAUAAAGUAAAAGGACUCUUCAAAUAAUUAUCGACAAUCCAAUUUAAAAAUAUUAUUUUAACAAAAUUAAUCUGCCUUUAUUAAUUGUGGAACUUAUCUUGGAUAAGAUGCCGAUGAAUAACAAUAUUUUUAUUUUACUCAUGUUCCUAGUUCAAUAUUUGUAGAAACAAUGGCAGGAUGGGGUCAAUAUACCCUCUCAGAUUUAUCAGAAUUGAUGAAUGCACUCAAUUUGUAAGGAGUUAAUGAAUCUAACUUAUUUGAAAACUUAGAAUUAAUAAGUCAAGUCAAACUCUUUGAUAAUAAUACAACUCCCAUAAAAUCAUAGAAUCGAUUAAUUUAAAAAUAGUAAUAUCAUCUUGAAAUCAUAGAAGUUAUUGAAUAGUUUUAAAUUACUGAAGAGACCUAUACCAAAUACUUGCUAUCUAAAAAUUUGAUUUGGAUAGAAAAUAAUAAAAAACAAAAUUUUUACUAAUUAUUAAAGAAUGAGAAAUAGAUUUAGCCUUUAUUAUAAGCACUGAAACUAUUUUUCAAUGGUUUAUUAUUGUUAAAAUCUAAUGAUGGAUAUUUUGUUAAACCAUUCAAAAUUUUUAAAUAAAACUUUGAGCUUGUAAAUUAAUUAGCAAUCUACAUUGAUAAUGCAUAAUCCUAAUAUAACGUGUAUAUUUCUUUAAUCACUUUAAACUUACUCUUAGAAGAGUACCAAUAGUAUCAAUCUUAAAAAGAAUUGAAAAAUAAGAAAAAUCAAGCUCAACGUAAAAUCACUUAAAAAGUUAAUUAAAAAGAGGUGAAAAAUAUCAAGAAGAAGUCCAAAUUAAAACAUAUUGAGGAUGAAUCUUUAGAGUAAGAAUAAAGUCUUUAAUACGCGAACAGUUUGGCUAACAAAAGGGAGAAAAGGGAAAAUGCAGGAAAAAAGUAAUAACGAUUUAUUAACCAUAGUCCAAACAUCAACUUUGAUUAGUAAGUAAAGAAUCAAAAGAAAAUAUCUUGUACUUCUUGUAAGAAAUAGAUUCCCUAGACUACAUAAAGUGUUUAGUGUUCCAGAUGCAGUAAACCUUUUCAUUAAGAAUGUUUAUCAUUAAGAAAAGACUAUUGCAAGGAUUGUGCCAGAAAUAGCAGCAAGAAAUAAAAAUGA